CAGACCUUGAAAUUAUUUGAAAUGAUUUCAGUUGUAUCAAAAAUACAUGUAGUUUCACAGACACAUAGAAUCAUACCAGCCCUGAAGAAGGAGCUAGCAUGAUUCUACAAGACUUUCGUAGAAAAGAAAGCAGCUUCAUAGCAGAAAGCUAUACUAAAUGAAGACUAGUAAAAAUUAGUGCCCUGGUAGGUAACACGAUUCCGCCAAAAAUGAAACAAGGUGGGAAGAAGAAGCCGGUACAAACGACGAAGAUUGAGGAAAAUGGUGAUAAAUUAUUAUCGGUUGAAUGCAAGCCUUGCCUCAAACGUAGGAAAAUAUCAGACAGCGAUGAAAAGGAUGAAAAGUUAAAUGAAUCUUUGACUAACGGCAGUAAUAAACGCUGGUCUGUUGUUGAAACGGACGUCGAACCUGAAAUUUUGGAAGAUAUGGGUGUUAGCAUGCUUGAAGAUGAAGGAGCUUGUGAUGGUCAGAAAGUAUUGAAGAAUUCAGUGGAACAGGAGUCUGAAACGUCAUCUCCAAUUUGUGAAUCUGUAAUGGUAUCAAAUGACAAUGAAUCAAGUCCUCAACCUGUUCAACAAGACAAGUCAGUAGACCACAGAAAGAGCAAUGAACUUUCUGAAGAUUUUUUUCUUUAUCGACGUAAGCAACCGGUGCUACCCAAAGGAGAAGAUGUAUUUUUAAAACUGUCGGAUGAGAUGGUACUUAUGAUAUUUCGAUGGUUACCAAAGAAUAUGCUGGUAAGAUGUUCCCUAGUCUGCAAACGCUGGCAGAGAAUUGCCUAUGAUGAAGUGCUAUGGACUAGGAUGGACCUAGGAUCUAGGACUCUUAAUUCUGGAAGUCUUGGCCAUGUGUUGACAAGAGGAACCACUAUCCUUCGACUGGCUCAGGCUGAAAUAUCUGAUCCUGUUUUCUUCAGUAACUGUUCAAUACUAAUCAAGGAUGUUCCGUGUAAACUCCAGUAUUUGGAUCUAAGUAUGGCUAUCAUAUCUGAAGAAGGUCUUGCCGACUUGUUGAGCACCUGCAAGAAUCUUCGGAAACUAAGCUUGGAGCAUUGCAGGCUUAAUGACAAAGCGUGUGCUGCGAUUGGACAAAAUUAUAACUUGGACACUCUUAACAUGUCUGCGUGUUAUGGCAUCACAGAGGCUUGCGUCAGUAAUAUUCUUACUGGCUGCAGGAAAUUGUCAGCUCUUAAUGUAGCUUGGACUGACCUAUCAGUGGCUGCUUUAAAUAUUCUGUGUACUAAACUGCCUCGUUCAAUGCAGAGGAUUAAUAUCAGUGGCUGCCGCAAGACUCUUACUGACAAUCAUCUUCGCCAGUUAGUCGCCUCUUGUCCUGACCUGGUUGAGUUGGAUCUAAGCGACUGUACAACCCUAACUGCAGAAUCAAUAAAUAUUAUAACCAACUUAGAUAAAAUUGAGUAUCUUGCACUCAGUAGAUGUUACAGUAUAGCUCCAGCUGCGUACUUGCUAUUAUCAUCUGUUAACUCACUGAUGUACUUGGAUGUUUUCAAUUUGAUGAGCGAGCAAUCAGUAGCAAACCUGCAAGAGAACCUUCCCGAUGUGGAUGUUAACAAGUUUCUAUUUUCAAGUGUUGCUCGCCCUACUGUCGGCAUACGAAGGACCAGUAUUUGGGGUCUGCGUGUCCGAGACUAACAGACAACAUGAAAUGUCUAAGAUACAUUUUUUUAAAAAAAAAAUUUGCUUCACUUGGAAACUGGGUGCUGUAAGGAAGAUCGUUGUGGUGGAUACUGAACGCAUAUUAGUCAUGGAGCAGCGAAGGAAUAUGUGGCACACUAUCAUUAGUCGGCCGUGCAUUUCUCUGUUACCAGAUGAUACUAUGAAUAGCCAAAUAUCAACUUAGCAGUGUGUCAUAAAAUUAUUAAAUAUUUUAGACAAUUUUGUUUAAUUUAUUUGUAAUGUCAUUAAUAUAACUUUAAAAUUACUGAAACAAAAUAAUUCGCCAUAGUCAUGCAAGCAUUAAAACGUAGGAACACCCAGAUACAUGCCAAUUUUUGAACCCAAGUCACCGUUAACAUGAGCUAAUUAAGAGUCAGUGUUUUGUUUCAAUAGAAGAACUUUAUUUCAAAUGAUUUUGGAUGGAUAUAAUUAAUGAAACUUGUAAAUCAGAAGUUCUGGGUAAAUAAAUGGGGUACAUGGUUAUAUAUAUUCUGCAUGAGAUGGGAGUACAUAAGUAAAAUAAUCGUGUGAUUUAUUAAAAUUGUAGUAAAAUAUUAUUUAUUUUGAAUUAUAAUUAUAAAUAGGUUUAGAACCGCUUCUGGCUUUACAAUUAUUUUUUUUCUCAGUCUUAUAGUCAUUACUCAGUUGUGAUUUAAAUUGGACAAUUAUUUUUUUAAAUUCCAUUUUAGUCUCAGCAUGUGAUAUAACCUCUCUUUAGUCUUCAGUCUCCUCUGCAGACCCUACUUCCUAACCUUGCUCCCUCACCAUCCUACAGAAAGACGAUUCUUCAGUCCUCGUGAAACUUGAUUCUUAAUUUUCUCUUUGUUUCACUGCCUUUCACAUCCAGUUGACUCUUUCAGGUUGGCCUUUAUUUUUCAGAAGUGAUUUAAUAUUGCCUGGAAUUCAUAGAACGCAGUAUUUUUAAUAAUUGCUACUUUUGAAUUGCAUUGGUUUUUUACUGCAUCACAAUUAUAUGUAUAUACAGAACUAAUGUAUAUUUUAGGUUAUGUUGCAGUAAUAUUUUAUAGCUUCUUAAACACAAUGUUCCUUUCUUUGCAAUCUUCCAAAAGCGAUUCACAGACCAGUAAGUUACAUUUAUUAUUUAUCUUGCUGUCUGUUUUGUAUUUUACGUAAAAUAUCGAGAGAAAAUAGCUAUUUGUGUUGCGUUUACAUGUAUCGCUGUCUGUUCUUUGGACAUUUUAAUCUAGUUUCUCAGCUAAAUUUGUGACAUUGUAUCAGUCUGUAUAAUCCCAUUUGUAUUCCUCUGCUGUACUCGUACAUUUCUUAUUAGAUCUGUGUUUUGGAACAUUAAGUUUCUUGAUUUAGAACUGUUAAUGUAAGUCACAUGUCAUGUAGAUUAUAUAGAACAUAAGUGUCCAUAUUGCGCCAUUUCAACAAUGAGGUAACAUGUCGGUUUAUCGCUUAUCAGUUCGUAAAUGUUUGAAGGACAAAUAUAGUGGAUUUACAGGUAUGAAGAUGUAAUUGUUCAGAAAGAAACCUGACGGAAUUCAGAAAAUGUCGGUAAAAAUCUUGUAGAAAAUUUGAGUCUAUUUAAUAAAUAUACAAAGAUGAACUUGCCAUUGUAGGUAUAGGAGAAGAUAGAAUAAUUUAAGUGGUUUUUAUUCCCCUGUUCAAUUUUCCCAGUAGAAAUGAAAAGUUGCAUUAUACUUUUCAUUUCUAUAGAAAUUUCAUUCAUUGAUGGUCAGAGGGACAAACAUACUGCAGUAAUAAUGACUCAGUGCCAAAGUUUGCAAACCUGAAGUAUCGUAUGAAUUAUUUAAACCAUAAAACAGGUGUACUUGAAUGAAUAGGUAACCAUUUAUUUUUAAAUAUAUAUAGAUAAUAGAGUUUAAAAAUAAAUUGGGUUAGACUUAGAACCUAUGGCGGAAACUUUCAUGUAUGUUUUUUUUUUACAACUCUUAAGUUUAUUUCAGUUGGUUUUAAAGUUAUGAUUUAUAUUAUGGAAUGAUUUCACAAUGUAAACAAAGUGGAAUAAACUUACAGAUGUUGUAAAUGUAAUGUUCAUGUAACUUUUCAAUUUUGAUGUAAAUAGAAGUCAUAAAACCCUCCUGGCUUGUGUUGGCUGUUGAAUACAUAUCACAUUGUGUAUUGUGUACACAAGAAAGACUACUGGCAUAAUCAAGUAUAUAGAGAUAUGUUACUAUUAACUUUAUCGACUACAGUCACAGGGAUGUGAUUGAAAUGUGUUCAUAUUUAGGGCUGUUUUCUUGUUUUUUGAUUUCUUUAGCCAUAAGUGUGUCAAGUGAUUGCUGCAUUAAUGUUAUGUAUCAUGUACUUUAAUUAUAAAUUAAUUUUUGUUUCCUAUUUACUGAAAUGCACGUUGUGAUGCAAUCAAGCUUUCUUUGGUUACAAGGAAAUAAGUUUAGACAUUACAGAAUGUUCCAGUAUCUGGCAGUCAUAAGCAUUUGAAUAUCAGUGAAGGUCAUCUUUGUCCUGAACUGAUUAUUUAUUGUUAUUAUUAACUUACGUAGUUGUGUUUUGAAAGUGAGUUGAAUGAGCACAGACAUUUGAAAGAAUGUGAUGUAGUUUAUAGAUAUAAAAUUCUAAUUAUUUUUGUGGGAAAGUGGUUCUUUAACGCUUUUCAUUCUGAUGGUGAAGUAGGUUGUAAUGCUGAAGUUCCUUGUGUUUAAAUUAUAAAACUAGUAGGCAUGUUCUUCACAUGGCGAAUGCGGAUGACAAAGAUGAUGAAUUAACAUGCAGUGUCAUGUAGGAAGGUUUAUGUUAUUUUUAGUGUCUUUAAUUUUGUUUCUGUAUAUAAUUUUGUGAAUUUAGUUGUGCCUUGGUCUACCUAUUAGAAACUUUCCAAAUGGUUUUGUCAUAAAA